AAUUCAAUUACAUCAUAAUUUAUAAUAUAUUAUUUAAACCUGCUUUUCAUUUAUUUAAAAAUUCUAUAAAAAAUUAAAAAUUCAUUCUCUUCUUCUGAGUUGUUUUCUUGCAAAACUCAAAAAAAUCCCCUCUUAUAAAACCUAAAAAUCUAAAGUAUUAAGUGGUUUGAGGGAAGACAAUAGAGGGAAAAGGAAUGGCUGCUACCAUCUCCUCCACCUUCCUCUCUGCUUCUCUACUUCUCCUCUGCCUUCUCUCUGCCUCGAGGAAGGGCUGUGUCGCCUUUGAGCAACAAGAAUUAGCAGCUGAGACCCACCACCAUACUCUCCUCGUCAGCUCUCUUCUUCCUUCAUCUGUCUGCAAUUCUUCAAAAGCUGCGGACAAAAAGUCGUCAUCUUUGACAGUAAUCCACAAGCAUGGCCCAUGCUCUCAACUCACUUCGGAUGCUCCAACCCACGCGGAGGUCCUCCUCCAUGACCAAGCUCGGGUCAACUCAAUUCACUCAAGACUCGCCAAGACCCUCAACAACGUGAAAGAGACAGCCGCCACCAGCAUUCCGGCCAAGGACGGAAGUAUUUUGGGAUCGGGCAAUUACAUCGUCACGGUGGGUCUCGGCACCCCAAAAAAGGACCUUUCCCUAAUAUUCGACACUGGAAGUGACCUCACCUGGACUCAAUGCCAACCUUGCUUCGUACAUUGUUAUCAGCAGAAAGAACCCAUAUUCGAUCCUACUCAGUCUAAAUCAUAUCUCAACAUUUCUUGUUCUUCCUCGAUUUGUGGUUCUCUGUAUUCUGCAACAGCGAAUGCACCGGAUUGUUCGUCUUCAACCUGUGUCUAUAAAAUACGAUACGGUGACAAUUCUUCCUCAAUGGGGUUCCUCGGCACGGAACGGCUGACCUUGACGUCGACAGACAUUUUCGACAAGUUCCUAUUCGGAUGUGGCGAAAACAACACAGGGCUUUUUAUGGGCGUAGCUGGGUUACUUGGGCUGGGCCGUGAUAAGCUAUCCUUCCCAUCACAAACAGCCCAGAAAUACAACAAGGUUUUCUCCUAUUGCUUGCCAUCCUCCGCCAGUUCCACCGGUUACCUCUCCUUCGGCAACAGCGGCAUCUCGAAUUCCGUGAAAUUCACUCCUUUAGUCACUCUCGCUAGGGGUCCAUCAUUCUACGGCCUCGGUAUCACCGGAAUUAGCGUCGGUGGUGAGAGAUUGUCUAUCUCCUCCUCGGUGUUCACGACGGCUGGCACAAUCAUCGACUCCGGAACCGUCAUCACCCGCCUCCCACCGACGGCGUACUCCGCUCUCAGAACCGCUUUCCGUCAAGGAAUGUCCAAUUACCCAAUGGGGAAGGCACUAGGAAUCUUUGACACGUGUUACGAUUUUAGCAGUUACAAUUCCGUCCGCAUACCCAAAAUAAGCAUUUCCUUCAGUGGCGGGAUUGAGGUGGAGAUAGCCCCAGCCGGAAUCUUGUACGCCAUCAGCAGGUCACAAGUAUGCCUGGCAUUCGCCGGAAACAAUGUUGACUCGAAAGUGGGUAUUUUAGGAAACGUGCAACAGAAAACAUUGCAAGUGGUGUACGAUGGCCCCAAUGAAAGGGUGGGGUUCGCGGCCGGCGGAUGUAGCUGAGGAAAUUCCGAUAAACGAAGAGAAUCUUCGAGUUAGUGCCCUUGAAUCUUGAUAAUAAUAACAAAAAACUGCUUUGGAUUAAAGUUUGAUGUAUAUGAAUAAGAUCUGCUUGGUUUC